GAAGCCUCCCCGUCAAUGGUCACCGUCAGCCCGUUGUCAGAGGGAUGUGUUCUCGGUGCCGAUGCGCGGUUCUGUCGCCCCUGGCUCUGCUAUAAACCAUCAAUCAAAAUGCUUUGAGGGGGAUUUUCUCCGCCACGAGGAUUUGGGAGCAUUAAGGUGUCAGCCCACGUUCUGUUUUUACAUAUGGGCUUCAUGCUGAUCCUGGAGGUACACACCACAGCAUGCUGUUGUGAAGCUGAAACAUAUUAGGGCAGGAUGCAGUCUUCAAACCAUCGCCUACGAGAUAUGGAGCAGCACCAUCCACUGCUGUCGGCAGGUGCAGACGUGGAGGCGGGGAGCCUGGCGGCCGGAGUAAUGGUUGGGAGUCCCCACUCGGGACACGCAGCAGGGAAUCGCACACUGUGGUUCAUCCAGGACAGCUGCGGGAUGGUGUGCGCUGCCAUGACCUGGUUCCUGGUGCUGUAUGCAGAGUUUGUGGUGAACUUUGUCAUGCUUCUGCCCUCCAAAAACUUUUGGUACUCCUUACUGAAUGGAGCCACCUUCAACUCCCUGGCUGUACUUGCACUGGCAUCACACCUGCGUACGAUGAUGACCGACCCGGGUGCAGUUCCUAAGGGUAAUGCAACAAAGGAGUACAUGGAGAGCUUGCAGCUGAAGCCUGGUGAAGUCAUUUACAAGUGCCCAAAGUGCUGUAGCAUCAAGCCUGAGAGGGCACACCAUUGCAGUAUUUGUAAACGAUGCAUCCGGAAGAUGGAUCAUCACUGUCCCUGGGUCAAUAACUGUGUGGGAGAAAAGAAUCAGAGAUUCUUUGUCCUUUUUACUAUGUACAUAGCCUUGAUAUCUGCCCAUGCUCUGGGCCUUAGUGGUAUGCACUUUUUCACAUGUAUUAAAGUUCAAUGGAACGAGUGCAGUGACUUUUCUCCAGGGGUGUCUGUGCUGCUGCUCAUCUUCCUCUGUCUUGAAGCCAUCCUGUUUCUCACUUUUACGGCUGUAAUGUUUGGCACGCAGAUCCACUCCAUCUGUAACGAUGAAACGGAGAUUGAACGUCUUAAAAACGAGAAGCCCACAUGGGAGCGUAACAUGAGGUGGGAAGGAAUGAAAUCUGUUUUCGGGGGUCCGCCGUCUCUUCUGUGGUGCAACCCAUUCACCGGCCUCCGUCUGCGGCGCCUGCUACUUGUGAGCCACGGUCGCCGGGGCGGGUCAGAGUUUUCUGUCUGACAACCGAGACAGACUGAUACAGAUCGACACUUGGCUGUGUGCCCAACUUUUUCCGGGGCUCAGAUAGACUUCUUCUCCUUGCUGUCCUUGUGUGGGUGACGGAGAGACGGGAUGCUGCAGUGGGACCCAAGUGCAUCAUCAGAUUCUGUUUUCAUUCUUACAUGCUGUCAUAUAUUCAACACCUUUGAUGUUGGUCACAAGUAUCCUUAACAACUGGAAUAUUUAUCCUUACACAAGCAGCAUUUUGGGUUUGUUUGUUUUUGUUUUGGGGGUUAAAGCAUGCAGUAUGUAAUUCAAGUGAAUCUUUUAUUCCUGAUUGCCCCAGGGUGCUGUUGGAAGCCAGCGUUUGCAUCUUGAAUAUGGAACUUGAGGAGUUUGUUUACUUUGUUGCACUUGUGAAAUUCAGAAAUUGGAUUUCUUGAGGAUGUAUCAGCCGCAUAUCUUUUUCUUUAUCGCUGGACCCAGACAAGAGGAUCGAAAUUGGGAGGUGCUUCAAACUCUUUUAUUGGACCCAGACAAGAGAAUCACAGUCAAGGACAUGCACUACUUACACGAUGCUCGAUAAAAGCCCAGAUAUGGAGCAUAGAGGAUAUCAAAGAUUGAACUGGGCUUUAAUUUGCAUGUACAAAGCCCAGUCAGUCAGCGUGUCUGCCUGGAAAUGGGGCUUUCAUCAUCUUUAAAUUGGUAAACACGUUACUGUGAACAGAAGCCUUAUUCAUAUUCAAGAGUACUGAGUGGCUUUUCCCAUCUGUCCAUCUCCUUUGUUAUGGUUUUCCUUCUGUGAGCUGAAAUUUAUAAUUUUUUGGAGAGUGUGAAGCAGAGGAAAUUAACAUUUCCUUUUUUUUUUCUUCUUCUUCUUUUUAAAUAACUGCUGAAUUCUCGUCAUCAUAACCACUCCUGCUGACCAUUAUGCCUCACUGGAAAUAACUACUGUUUUUUAUUUUCAUUUUAUUUUUGUUUUAUUUUGUUUUGUUUUUUUUUUAAAUAGUCAUUUGGUUAAAAAAAGGACAAAACCAAAAAAAAGUUUUAUAUUAAAAGUGUAUCU